AAGCGUAUAGUUUCGGGUAUAUCUUUAAUCACGGUUCACACGGUCUCCCACAUGAUCGGUUUCCAGUUGGAACAGACCUACUAAAAGUCUAUGCCUAUCGUCAUACUGAUGGCGUCUGGGCAAAAGCGAAAUUGCUCCCACACUGACAUUCUGCACUGAGGACAUGGGGCCUAUAUGAAUCUAUUGUCGACCGUCGGUCUUUUGAGCAAACCGUAAUAUGCGCACUCAGGGACGAAACCGAAACAAAAGCAGUCUCAAUGUCGUCCGUAGAUCGACGAGAUACACGUUUCUUCUUUGAUCGAAAAAGAUCGAGGCCAGAUGACGAGGGAGAGGAUGACGCCGACGGCAGAGGUGAAGGAGAUAUUGACCAAGUGGACGUGAUCGCCUCCAAAAUUGCCGACUCACGCACCAAGGCCAAUGCCGCCUCGACCCAGGCCACGUCAAAUUCACAUUCGCUCCGAAAUCCGACCAAAUCUCGGACUCAUCAUGGGUCCGUCGAGAUCCUGAAGCUUCAAAUACCACAAAACCAGAAUCCGUGGAAGAAAUUUAAACCACUUCUUCAAGUCCGGCAAGGUUGUCCUGCCAUCAUGGCUCGCUCGAUCCCACCCGAUCAGCAGCUUUAUGCUGUCAGAAGUAUUGCUUCAACAGAAAAGGACAAACAUCUACGUGCAAUUCAACAACUAAGUCUUCUCCCGGGGAGAGGCAUUGACCAAGUUCGGGAGACUUUUGACUGGUCUGGGACACUGUUCGUCGUUACUCAGUAUGUCAAGCCUAGUCUUUCGCAAAUUAUCACAAGUCAGGACCGUCCGACAGAGGCACAUAUAGCCUUCAUAGCUCAAAAGAUAUUGAUUAGCCUCGUGCUGCUUGAGGAACAGGGCCUGCUGCACGGCUCACUUGAUUCAUCCUUCGUCCUAAUCCCACCCUCCUGUGUGCCUAUCUUAGCCCAUCCCCCUUACUGGCGAUCUAUUGCGUCAUCGAAACAGUUUAUCGAUACAGCCGCGCUCGCAAACCUCAUAGUGCGGCUAGUUGAAAGAAGCGUCAUCAUUGGCUCAGAGGAAGAGCUACACGUCAGGGAGCCUCACAACUGGUCCCCAGCAAUAAUAGAUUUUAUUGAAUGUGCCCGUCGGCUGCCUGCUUCGGGCUUGAGAGAUCAUGCAUUCCUCCAACUUCGAUGUCAGCCACUAGAUAUUCAAGAUCUCAGAAGUGUUGCUGACCAUACUACUUGGUGUCAUUGGCAGUUCCUUGAGCCCGGUGACGGCGCGCCUGAGUAGAAUUGGGAGAUUCGAAUGUCCGGGAGGCGAUGGAUUGUGUCAUCUGGAAAUACGCUCCUAGAAAGCUGAACAGGGCAAUAGGUCGGAACUGGGACUGAUCGAACGUAAAUUGAGACUAUUGAACUGCCAUACCUCGAGCCCGACGAAGCUGAUCGAUAUCAAAACC